AUGGCAGCCAAUAAAGCUCUCGCAAUUCGAGUAGAUGGCAGAUUCAAGCGUGCUUCGGCACCAAAAAGCAGAAAUGGAUGUCUCACCUGCAAAUUCAGACAUCUCAAAUGCGACGAAGCAAAGCCUGUUUGCCAAAGGUGUCAAGACGACAAGAUGAAGUGUGACGGUUACCUUCCUCCGAAGCCCAGAGUUUUCAAAGGGACUAGAAAAAACAAGGAACCCAAAACCCAGGCUGUUACGGUCGUCAAUCCACCGAUACAACGUUUCGAUCAGACGCCAUUGUUGGCAGAUCCCGAGAGAUUACAUCUUCAACACUUCCUUCACUGGACCGCCAAACAACUCUCGACUUCAUCCGCCGCCACCAACUUCUGGUUGUGCUAUGCACUUCCAAUGUCAUAUCAGUUCGAUGCUAUCAGGUACAGCAUGAUUGCAGUGGGUGCUUCGCAUCGGGCAUUCAUGUCCCACUCUCUCGGCUUUGGGCGUCCUGAGUACCUUCAACGCCCUGUCAUACAACACUACAACAGAGCCAUAUCAUCUAUCCUACCCAUGAUGUCGUCUCCCACACAAGGGAACAUGCACUGCAUCUUGAUCUGCUGCAUGCUCUUUAUCACCUGCGAGGGACUCACUGGUCGCUAUGACGAACUCCUAAAGCAUCUUGCGGCAGGCGACAUGAUACUAAGAUCACUUCAAGAUCCUACCACAGCAGAAGAGUCCACCAUGACGGAGAAGCUUGUUUCCAUUUUCUCACAACUAUGCCUCGAGUCAUCUGACUUUAUGAAAGACCCUAAUCUGCCUGGUAUCCAGAAGUGGUGUUCUAAAGAUGCGAAGCAUAGCGUCAACGAUAUUCAACCAUUUGAAUCCCUCGACGAUGCUUCACACGCAAUACAUAAGUUGCGAUUGCUUCACGAUUUCGCACCUCAGGAUCCAGACAGAGAAAAUGGCAGAGAAAACGACAAAGCCUUCCAAGGCGCACUGAACAGAUGGGACAUGCGUUUCCGAGAUAUGGCCGAACGCGAUAUCUUUCACUGGACUGACGAGGAAAUGUCGCAAUACUACAGCCUUCAACUUCUCCGGCGUUAUUUCCAGAUGUAUAUCGAUUCAUACGCUGAUCAAGAAUGGGAAAAUCCAACGGAUCAAACUAUUUUGCCUUUUCUUGAAACUGCGGAACUGGUAGCAGCGCCUCUGAUAGGUAUCUAUGAUAGUAAUGACGUGGCUGAGAUGCAUACGCUGGCGGCAAUGGACAUGGGUGAUUGGGGGUCCUGUUGUUCUGACUCUGAUGACGAGUCUGUCUAUGGAGAACUUGAUCCACCUCUAACGUCGCCUGUUGGAAUACCAGCCAUGAUCGAGGGCCUGGCUCGCAAGGCUGGGGUCACAAGUAAGCGAUUAGAAUGCUUUUCAUAG